AAUUUUAGUUUUCCGGUGAGCGUCGAGAGUUUGUGCGCGUUCGUGAGAGUCUGUUAUUAAAAAAUUAGUGAAAAUUUCAGUGAAAAUGUCGGUCGCGGCGAUGAAAUGAAAAACGUCGAUGUGAAAUAAACGCAAGAACCAAGAGAGAUAAUGUCGAAAAUCUGGCGACAUCGAUAAUAAUUAGGAGAAAUAAUAAGCGUAGAGACGGGGACGGCGAAUCGGCGUAUUGCGCAAGCGCAAAUGAGGGUCGCUAUCCGUGCUGCUGUUUGUGUACCAGAAAAGUUAAUAUUUUGGUUUGUUGAUCGCGUGUGGACAUCGAUAUUUUAAUAAAUAAAGGUGAUCAAAUAUGAACGACUAAACGCAGUUCUCAACCUUUUUAUCAUUUUUAAGACUAAUUCGAUUCAUUUUCGGUCAAUUUUCGAUUUUUUAAGAAGUGAUAUUUGCUACGCCACUCUUUACCAGUGACAUAAAGUUAGACAUAGUUCUAACAAUAAUCAUGUUGUUUAUAUAGUCAGUGGUUCAUUUAUUUUUUUUAGUGUUACUUUUUACACGAUAUAUAUCUUAAUGUAAACAGUAUUCAGAGUGUAGUAAAAAAUGUAUAAAGGUAAAGGAUCUACAGUGCCAUCUGAUGCACAAGCACGGGAAAAACUGGCUCUGUACGUUUAUGAAUAUCUUCUACACGUGGGGGCUCAAAAAGCCGCCCAAACCUUCCUAUCUGAGAUACGAUGGGAAAAGAACAUCACAUUAGGCGAACCACCUGGAUUUUUACACUCUUGGUGGUGCGUUUUCUGGGACCUCUACUGCGCCGCCCCCGAACGAAGGGACACAUGCGAACAUUCUUCUGAAGCCAAAGCAUUUCACGACUACGGAUUUGUAAAUUCCGGUUAUGGAGGUGUUAACGGCAUCGCACACAACACAGGACCAGCACCAAGUCCACUUAGUCAAAUUCCCCCGAACGAUGGAAUGCCUGGAGGUCCAAUCCCACCCGGAUUUUUCCCAAAUUCGACGAUGAGACCGUCGCCUCCAACGCAUCCAUCGAGUCAACCAUCACCACAUUCACAACCUCCACCACCACACACACAAAUGAUGUCAUCACAGCCCUUUCUAGGGCCAUCUAGGUAUCCAGGGCCUCGACCUGGAGUGAGAAUGCCACAAAUAGGCACAGAUUUUAGCGGUCCGCCUGGACAACCAAUGAUGCCUAACAAUAUGGAUCCGUCGCGGCAAGGUGAAGGCGGAGAAUUUGUAGGUUGGCAAGGACCGCCUGGUAUGAACCCCAUGAAUCCCAGGAUGAAUCCUCCUAGGGGUCCUGGAAUGGGACCACUCGGCCCCAGUUCGUAUGGACCCGGAGUACGAGUUCCACCGCCUAAUAGCAGCUUAGGACCCGGACCUAUGCCACCUAUGACCAUGACCGGCGGGAGACCACAAUGGCAACCAAACACAUCUACACCUAUUUAUUCAUCAUCUUCUCCUGGGAAUUACGGUGGUCCGCCAGGUUCGGCGGGUCCACCGGGCCCAGGAACACCAAUAAUGCCAAGUCCGCAAGAUUCGUCCAAUUCGGGUGGUGAAAAUAUGUAUACGCUGAUGAAACCGGCGGUGGGCGGUUCGAUGCCCGGGGAAUUCCCAAUGUCUGGCGGUCCGGAAGGUGGACCAAUGGGGCCGAUGGGACCGAACUCGAUGGGUCCAGUGCUGAACGGUGACGGCAUGGACGGAAUGAAGAAUUCUCCAGCUAACGGAGGACCGGGCACCCCAAGAGAGGACAGCGGAAGCGGAAUGGGAGAUUACAACUUGACGGGAUUCGGCGGUCCUGGAGAAAAUGAUCAAACGGAAUCGGCUGCUAUUUUGAAAAUAAAAGAAAGCAUGCAAGAGGAGGCCAAGCGGUUUGAGAAAGACUCGGACCACCCUGAGUAUUUCAUGCAAUAACUCCCCCUCGCUGGCCUCUCGGGCCGGUCAGACGCCUCUCUUCCUUCCUAACUCUACUAACCCGGGCGGUGGUCUGCUCAGCUCUUCCCGCGACCCCUUCUCAGAAAUAUACGCGACGCUCUGCUCUAUUUUCGGCUAUUGGCUAGUCAUGUACCUUUUGUGUUUUGCAGAUAUUCCUUUGAAGGAACGUGUUUACGGUGCCCUCAAAGUACCCCCUAGUAUAUGAAAUUGACACUGACCCGCACACACUGAAAUCGAAAUUCACCCGCGCCCAAAUCUCCCAUAAGCCCAAAAUGUUACAGUAGUACGUCCACCGCUCUAUCCGGUGAGCCCGGCGCCCACAAAUGCUCACCGGCGUAAUCAGCCUUGCGAUGGCUGAUUUUCGGUCUUUACUAAGAUUAUCAUACAAUGCAAAAUAAUGAAAUAAAAUAAAUAAAAAUAAAUAAAAUAAAAUAAUUACUUUACGGUUAGAUAUGCAACCUUCAUGCGUUUAAUUACUUUACAGUUAGAAAAAAAAAAUUCCACCCCCCUUCUCCAACACAGUACCAAGAUGUAUAAUGUAUUGAAUUUUAAGUACGAACGAACCUUACGCCCUCUAUUAAUAUGAGUAUGUAAGGUUUUAGAGACAUUUUUUAACUGUUUAUAUCACACAUUCCUACGGCGGGAUGGUUCUUUUCUUUUUUUUUGUUUUAAUUUUAUUAUUAUUAUUACUAAUUGUUUUUAUUUUAUUUUCGGAUGAGCUGAGAAUCACCACCAUUCGGCAGUGAUGUAUGUACCGUACGUUAUUUUUUAAAUUAAUUUUAGAUGUUGUAAGAACAUUAUAAACGCUAUUGGCCUCGGACAAAGGAUGGCUUUAUAGACGAUCACUUUGUUUCGCACACGAAUACGUAUCGGAAGAGAAUUUUUUUUGUUUGUCUCCUAAAUGUUUACGUAUAAUGAUCUCCCAAAUUCAGUCCAUGUGCGAUUAAAUUUAAAGGAAAAUUUUAAGUCAUUUUAACAUCACAUAUACUUAUACAUAUAUAUAUAUAUAAAAUUUAAACGAUUGUUUUUGGAAGAUAUUAAGUAUACGUAUACAUACUUAAAUAGAAUUUUUUAUCGUCAUUAUUACUUAUUUUUUUCCAAAACGGUUGUCAUUGUCAUGUUUUAAGGUUUAUUUAGAUUUAGGCAGUAAUUUAUAAAAUUUUAUUCUUGAAAUAAACGAACAUUAUUGAGAUUA